GCUAUACCAACUCCGGCAUAGGGAAAGGGGGAUGGGGGAGUACUGAAUUUAAAUAGUAUUACUGGAAAGACUAUAUGCGCUACAAACAGCUUACUUCUGACGUUAAAUUUGAAAAUAUUGUAAUUUAAUUAAAUGAUCCCCAUUAUCACAAUUCCCUUUGCGGUCCAUUUUAGACGAAUUGCCAAAACAAUCGCAGCCCCUCCUCCGUUCUGUGGAAGGCAGACCCGUUCAGACACUGAGGGAGAUUUGGAGUGGCUGCUAACGGCUCUCAUCUGAAGAGGAGAAAGGACACAUUUACUGACAAGUCGGUCAGAGGGAGUGACUAGACCGCUGGAGCCGUGCUGUAGAUCCCACUGACAAUACCUGAAGAAGGCCAAGGAAUAAAGAUGGAAUCUGUUUACAUUAAACAGGAGGAGGUUCAGGAAUUGGUACCUGUCUGCAUUAAACAGGAGAUGCCUGAACUGGAGCCUGUUCACAUUAAAGAAGAGGAGACUGAACUGGAGCCUGUUCACAUUAAAGAAGAGGAGACUGAACUGGAUCCUGUCCACAUUCAAGAGACUGAAUUGGAUCCUGUCCACAUUAAAGAAGAAGAGACUGAACUGGAGUCUGUCCACAUUAAAGAAGAGACUGAACUGGAUCCUGUCCACAUUCAAGAGACUGAAUUGGAUCCUGUCCACAUUAAAGAAGAAGAGACUGAACUGGAGUCUGUCCACAUUAAAGAAGAAGAGACUGAACUGGAUCCUGUCCACAUUAAAGAAGAAACUGAACUGGAGCCUGUCCACAUUAAAGAGGAGUCUAUUGACUUGUUGUUUAAGGAUUCAGAAAACAUAUCCCGGCCAAAGAUAUCACAUCAAUGUACUGAAUGUGGAAAGAGCUUCAGUAAGUUAGGAAACCUAGAAAGACACCAGAGAAUUCACAGUGGAGAGAAGCCAUAUCACUGUACUGAAUGUAGGAAGAGCUUCAGUCGGUUAGGAGAUCUAAAAAUACACCAGAGAAUUCACAGUGGAGAGAAGCCAUAUCACUGUACUCAAUGUGGGAAGAGCUUCAGUCAGUUUGGAAGCCUAAAAAGACACCAGCGAAUUCACACUGGAGAGAAGCCAUAUCACUGUAAUGAAUGUGGAAAGGGUCUUGGUCGGUUAUUAAGCUUAAAAAUACACCAGCGAAUUCACACUGGAGUCAGCCUCCCUCCCUCCCAGUCCCUUACCUCUACACCCUGCUUGUUUGUGUGUGUGGGGAGCUGUCUGAUUCCUUGUCUCUCUCUCUCUCACCCUGCUGUAAAUGAAGGGGUUCCCCAGGAGUGAGAGCCAGUCAGAAUCCAGAGACACUGAGAAGGGAAGUGUGUCAAACUGAAGGAGACAGACCCAUUCUUUCAGAAUGAACUGGAGAGCCCUGGGAUUCAGCGCCACUCCUGCCCCUGAAUUGGAAAUUAAUCUCACUCAUCAUGCUGUGAGGAUUUAGGACAGAGUUACAGGGUCAUUCUGCUUAGAAGGGACACAUUGGAAAUAAAUGCCAAGAUUUUUUUCUACACACUUAUAAGUGUGAUAUGAACCCAACACAUUAAACAAAGCUGCCAAUAAAAUAUGAUAUUUUUUUAAAUGUAA